AUGGCCGAAUUGCCUGCACCAAACGAUAUCACAAGAGUUAAUAAGCUUGUGGAGACACUAGUAGCACAGUUAACACAAAACCAAGAAACCAUAACUGUGCUAAAGCAUCAGAUUGAGAUUCUCAAGAACGAGUUCGUAGCGGUUAUACGAUCUCCGACCAAAGCACUGUUUUCUAGCGAUAAAGAGCAUACACGGGAACAUAUGCAGCUGGUGACAGAGUGUCAGGCGCUGAAACGAGAAAACUACGCACUAAACGAGCUUCUGGACGCCUAUGAACAAGGUCUUAGUGAAAUCAUGACAAAAAUACGCACAUUCAUGCACGAUACAACAAGCAGAACACUGCAGCUGCACAAACACUACCGUGCAGAGCUUUCACGACAAGAAGAGACGCAGCAGCAACAGCAAAAGUCAUAUUUGGAUCUGCAAGCAGGUCUUUAUAGAAUAAAUGCACUAAUCCGAGAGGCAUAUGCAACAAACAUACCAGAAGAUCCGGUAAUUGAGGCACUGCAAACAGAAAACAAUGGGCUGCGUGAAAUGCUUCGUUUAAGUUAUAGAAAAGAAGCAAACAGUAUGAGUGAUACGUUGCCAGAAUAG